GAAUCGAGUGCGUGGGGACCUGGAGCGAGGGGAACGCCAGCUACCUGAUGGGGAAACUGGAGUCAAUCCUCGGCGGGGAACCUCGCUACCGCUGCUUCACCUUCGCCGAGGAGGAGGGCGAGGGCGAGGUCGAGGAGGAGCGCCACCGCUACGUCGUGAGCAGGACCUCGUCGGAGGCGUGCGCUGCCCUCGGGGAGAGUUCCGACAGCUCCUACAGGAUCUUCGGGGAGGCGGUCGCGCCCGGGGAACCGACCAUCCACGGCUACGACGCGUCCGAACGGGUGAAGAUCGGCUCGGUCUUCAACCUGACGUGCAGCAGCGGCGGCGGCUUCCCCCACGCCAAGCUCACGUGGUUCAAGAACGGCGAGGUCGUUCCCUCGGAGACGUUCCAGGAGGCCGGGGAGUCCGCGGCCGUCGUGGAGGUCACCGUCGAGGGGCCGGAGAACGAGACGGAGUACCUUUGCCGAGCCCACAACUUCGUGGCGGGUUUCAGCGCGAGCGUCGUGGUGCGCGCGGAGCAAGCCUCCCAGCCCGCGUUCGAAGACAUCAUGCUCCCCAGCGUGUCCGUAGUCGAGGACGAGACGGCUUUCCUCCCAUGCAUUCGGACGCAGGAAGAAGAUACCAAGAUGGACUGGUUCGACGCCGACAUCGAGACGCAACUCACCUCCGGAACCACGAUCUUGGCCGACGAGAAGACGCACUUCCAGCCGUGGAACCGAGACGGGGUCUUGGGUCUCGUGGUCCUGGCGGGCUUCGUGGACACCAAGUACGCCUGCAACGUGAAUGGGCGUCGCGUCGGGAGCACGAGGGCGCUCAUACUGGCUCGGUAUCUCAUCGGCGAAGGAGGCUAUGAGCCGUAUGACGACCACCUCGACUACACGGACUACCACAAGACGGUCCAAGAGGGUCGUUCUGUCUUCCUCAACUGCACCAUCGGCUCCAACAGCUCUUCCACCACG